GUCCCUUCCUCACUCUCCUUUCCUCCCAAUCUCUUUCUCUCUGUCUCUCCUGUGUUUCUAAAGCAAGACUCGAUGAAAGGAAUGUAUCAAUUUUACAUACACAUUUGAUCCUACACAUAGACUUUACAAUACAGCAUUGCUUGAAAAAGAGAGCCUGGUGAAUACCCUUUUGUCUCUCACUGGGGACCAGAGAGAUGAAUGGAGGAGCGAUGGAAGGAUCCCUGGUAGAGGAGCAACGUGAGCUGGGGACAUCUGCAGCCGGUAACGGCUCCAUGCUGCCACCGUCUCCGACCAUCACGCCGGCCAUCCCCCCGUACGUGAAGCUGGGCCUCACUGUGGCCUACACCAUCUUCUACUCCCUUCUCUUCGCCUUUAUCUAUGCCCAACUCUGGCUGGUCCUGCGCUACCGCCACAAGCGAUUCAGCUACCAGACAGCCUUCCUCUUCCUGUGUCUGCUGUGGGCAGCACUGCGCGCCGUCCUCUUCUCCUUUUACUUCCGCGAUUGUGUAACCGCUAACGCGCUGGGGCCCUUUGCCUUCUGGCUGCUCUACUGCUUUCCUGUCUGUCUGCAGUUCUUCACACUUAGCCUCAUGAACCUCUACUGUGCCCAGGUCUACUUCAAGGCCAAGUCCAAGUAUACUCCUUCCCUUCUGAAGUACAGGCUCCCACUCUACCUGGUCUUUCUGGGUGUCAGUCUCCUCUUCCUGGUGGUAAACUUGGCCUGUGCCCUAUUGGUCAAAAUAACUGCCACCGAGGUCAAGACCAUUGUCCUGGUGCGAGUUACCAUCAAUGACACACUCUUUGUGCUUUGCGCCAUCUCUCUGUCCGUUUGCCUCUACAAGGUGGCUAAGAUGUCUCUUGCCAGUAUUUAUCUAGAGUCUAAGGGGACGUCUGUGUGCCAGGUAACUUUGAUUGGCGUGAUGGUGGUUCUGUUGUAUGCUUCUCGCGCUUGUUACAACCUAGUGGUGCUAGCUCUGACAGACAUCGAAACCAUCAACUCCUUUGACUACGAUUGGUACAACGUUUCUGACCAGGCGGACUUGCGAUCUUCUUUGGGAGACGCGGGCUACAUCGUGUUUGGGGUGAUUCUAUUCGUCUGGGAGUUGCUGCCCACCUCCCUAGUGGUAUACUUCUUUAGGGUCCGCCGGCCACCACAGGACAGGAGCGGAUCCGUGAUCCCAAACCAUGUGCUCUCAUCAAGAGGCUAUUUCUUUGACAACCCUCGGCGGUAUGACAGUGACGAUGACCUGGCUUGGAGCAUCCCUCCUCAGAACAAUACAGCCAAUCUAUCCACAGACUGCUAUGAUUGGGGGAGCCGAAACAGCAGCUUUACGGUACACACCAGCACUGACGAGCAACGACUGACAGCGACAACGGGGGAACUAUACUCAUAUCCAUAGCAGAGUCUGCACCUCAAUGUAGGCCUACAUCACCGCAUAACACACUUUGGCGCUUUUCAUCAUAAGAGUAGGUCAAUGUGUCCAUUAGCACAAUGUGAUAAGUGUGGCUAAUUUAGAAAUAGAAACUUGCAAACAUUCGAAGAACAUAGACCAUUUAUGUUUAUUGCAGAUAUUGUGAUAAAUGAAUGUCUCACAAUAUUUCAAAGAAACUUUGUACUGUGAUGUUGGCACAGAUUAGUUAAACUUCAUAUUUCAAAUCUGAGUUGUAUUGAGGUCCUGUUACUGGACAGUGGUCACUGAACCGUACAUUUUUACUAUUGAGAAAUUAGAUUAAAAAGCUGAAUUUUGAAAAUGUUAAGCCAUUUCUAAGGUUUUGUGAAUCAUUUUUGCUUUAGUGUUUCAGGGGGGCAGAAUUAUCCCUAUUGGCAACUUUCAUAGAGAGAGCCAACAUGGUUGACUCGCAAUAGAUUUGUACAGUGCCUGUCAAGAUUUUGGAAACACCUAGCCAUUUAUAAUUUUUGAGACACACGCACCACCUGUUUUUCAUUGUUUUUAAUGCAUGAAUUCAAUAACUCAAUCAAUCACGGUCUGUAGGGCAUAAUGAGUUAGCAUGUUCUCCAAAUAUUGCCUAAGGUGGCAGUUUGAUGCAAAUUAAGCUUUAUGUACCACUAUUUUGGUCAAAGUAAAUCUUCAUACCUUUAAAUGACCUAGUUUGUUGCAUAUGCAUGUGUCUCUAAAAAACGGUAAGACUGUUUCCAAACUUUUGACAAACGAAGACCCUGUUGUGUAAGACACUGAAUGAAAUGUCUUUUGAUAAAGUUGAUAACUUUGUUUUCUGCUGCUUUUGCUCUGUGAGAAACGGCAGUUGUACCUAUUACGAUGUGAGAUACUGAUGUGUGCAGUAUGUCAGCCAGUACAAUUUUAAACCGCACUAUUGCUUGUUAGUUCAAACAUGUCGUUCAUAUUUAGAGGAUACACAUGUCAUUUCUUGUAAUCACAGAAGUAUUGUACAGAUGAAAUCACCAUCUGGAGCUUUCACAUGAAAACAGUCUGACUGAACGUAUAUUAUGAUGAUAUGGAAAGAUGAGAUUAUAUAUUUCUAAGGAAGGUGUGUUUUGUAUGUCAUUUGUAAUGCAGUUUCACUUAAAUGCUAUAUAUCUUGUGUCUGUUUGUGGAUGUGUUGUGGAAUGCAUAUUGACACAUUAACAUGACAAAAAAACUAUUGAGUAUUCGAUUAAAUAAA